AUGGAAGGGAUCAAUAUGUUAAUUUCAGAAGUAGAGCCAAUAGCAAUCGUCGGCCUUAGCUGUCGUUUACCGGGUGGCGCGGACACACCAGAGAAACUUUGGGACCUGGUUCAUGAGGGACGACAAUGCUGGCAGGAUGUUCCAUCAGAUAGAUACAAUUGGAAAGCCUUCCAUCACCCAGACCCAGAUACAAAGGGAACGCAUAAUUCGCGUGGUGGCUUCUUUCUUGAUCAGAACCUUGCGGAAUUUGACGCAGGUUUCUUCGGCAUACCGGCCGCGGAAGCGGCCGCCAUGGAUCCGCAACAGAGAAUACUCCUCGAGGUCUCAUACGAGGCUUUCGAAAAUACUGGGAUGUCAUUAGAGAGUCUCCGAGGUUCGCGGACAGGGGUGUAUGUCGCGUUAGUGAGUCGCGACUAUGAACGCCAGACCUACAAGGAUCCAUACCAAAUCCCUAAACAUCAUCUGACCGGCUGUGGAGAUGCAACGGCUUGCGGUCGUAUUUCGUAUGUAUUUGACUUGAAGGGACCGUGUAUGAGUCUGGACACGGGGUGUUCUGGUGGAAUGGUGGCUUUGCAUUUGGCUUGCCAGGCCUUAAGACUUGGGGAGAGUGAUGCAGCAAUCGUCGGAGGAACGAACCUGUUGCUGGGUCCGGAUAUGACAAUUGCGAUGAGUGCUCUACGUAUGAUAAACGACGAAGGUCGAUGCUAUCCUUUCGACAGCCGCGGUGCCGGAUACGGCCGUGCCGAAGGUGUUGCGGCUCUGGUCCUCAAAAGGCUGAAAGAUGCCGUGAAAGAUGGUGAUAAUGUUAGAGCUAUAAUUCGUAAUUCAGGCGUCAAUCAAGACGGUAAGACGAAUGGUAUUUUGCUUCCGAGCUCCGAAGCGCAGGGACAAUUGACAGCUGCUCUUUAUCGCCAGGUUGGAAUUCACCCGCGAGAAGUUUCCUAUGUUGAAGCUCAUGGAACAGGAACACAGGCAGGUGAUGCAGCAGAGUUCAAUUCAAUCAAGCAAGUGUUUGUGGAUAUGGAGACGCAAAGAGACCAUCCGCUGUUUUUAGGAUCAAUCAAAGCCAAUCUUGGGCAUUCGGAAAGUACCAGUGGUCUUGCUGGUGUGAUAAAGACGGUUAUGGCCCUAGAGAAAUCUGUUAUCCCACCCGUUUCUGGACUAGAAAUAGUCAAACCAAGUUUAUACAAAAUGUUGGAGUCUGGUGAUAUCAUUCUUCCCAAAGAACCUCAUCAGUGGCCUCACUCAGGCCGUCGAUUGGCGUCUGUAAAUAGUUUCGGAUUUGGAGGCACGAACGCGCACGUCAUCCUAGAAUCUGCCCCUGCAUUGAGCCAUAAUAUGAAUUACGCAAAUGGAUGGGAUGAAAAGAAUGGGAAUGGCUCUUAUACAAGAAUGAGAUUCUCUGACGUAUCGGAAAAUCUAAUAAGUCCAGCAGAUGGGCUGGUGAACACGCAUGAUGAUAGUCAUGAUAGAAAUAAAGCACGAGUCGAGAAUAUUUCAUCUCCCUCGCUGGAUAAAGUUGAACCCCAGCUCUUCGUUAUAUCAGCUAAAUCCAGGACCUCAUUGGAAGGAGCCGUCCGGAAUCUCAAAAAUUGGGUCUCAAAUCAUUGCGCAACGGAUGGAACAGUACUCAAUCAGCUAGCAAAGACGCUCUCAUCUCGCCGAUCUCAAUUCAAGUGGCGUUCGAGUGUGAUCGCAUCCUCACACUUAGGUCUCCUGUCAGGCUUAGAAAAUGUCCGUACGACCAAAUGUUCGCCUAAAAACCAGGUUGUAUUUUUGUUCACCGGUCAGGGAGCCCAGUAUCCUGGAAUGGGAAGGGAGCUACUGGUUCUGCACACAAGCUUUGCCCAAUCUCUUUAUCGGUCACAGGAUAUUCUGAAAAGUCUCGGGGCUUCCUGGAGUCUGGUCGAUGAAAUCCUUUGUGAGGAGUCAAAAUCGCGAAUCAACUCGAGCGAGCUUUCCCAACCAGCAACAACCGCCAUCCAAAUUGCCCUUGUCGAUAUGAUUUUGGAGACCAAUGUCCGACCAGCGAUGGUUCUUGGGCAUUCUAGCGGCGAAGUUGCCGCUGCCUACGCUGCCGGAAUUCUGAAUCAUAAGGAUGCAUUGACAAUUUCAUAUUAUAAGGGGUUUGUAUCCGGCUGGUGCAAAGAGACAUUGCCAUCAAAAGGAGCAAUGCUGGCAGUUGGCCUUGGGGAAAAGGAAAUAAUGCGAUAUUUGCAGUCAUGCCACUCCGGCCGGUGCGUGAUAGGUUGUGUCAAUAGCCCCUCCAGUUUGACACUAUCUGGGGACGAGUUGGCAAUCAUGGAGAUACAAGAGAUGCUAGACAAAGACUCAGUUUUCAAUCGACGGCUUAAAGUUGAUAUCGCCUAUCACUCUCACCACAUGAAAGCCAUCUCAGAUAGGUUUCUACAAUGUCUGGACGGGCUAAUGGUGAAGCCACCUCAAAAUUCUGUCCGUUUCUUUUCUUCCGUAACCGGAUCAGAGGAGUUUUUACCUCUUAGUGCGAAGUACUGGGUAGAUAAUCUGAUAUCCCAGGUACGCUUUGCUCCUGCACUAGAGACGCUUACGCGCAUGCACUUUGAGUCAAGUUCAGAGAGUCUCGUUCUGCUAGAAAUCGGACCACAUGCCGCUCUGCAGGGUCCAAUCCGUCAGAUCUUGACCUCCGCAGGGCCCAGAUCAAGCAAAUGGUUAUAUAGCCCUACUUUGGUGCGAAAUAAGGAUGCCCAUGUGGCUGCCCUUGAAAUGGUGGCAAGUCUCUUCGAAAGUGGCAUAAAAAUUAAUAUUCCAGCAAACUUCUCCCGUCCAGAAAAUUAUUGUCUACAGCUCAGGCUUCCUGUGCUUUUAAACCUUCCUCCGUAUUCAUGGGACCACUCCAAUCAGUACUGGCAUGAAGGCCGCCUGAGCAAGGAGUACCGCUUCCGACAGCACGCUCCUCAUGACCUUUUGGGUCUCCGACUCACCGGGACAAGUACAAUAGAGCCGAUCUUUCGACAUAUUCUGAAUGUUGAUGAUUUUCCGUGGCUGAAAGAGCACAUCAUUGAUGGAUUUGCGCUAUAUCCCGGAUCAGCGUUUCUAUGUAUGGCGAUUGAAGCCAUGCGACAAGUCUCGAAAGACAGAGGAGAGAAAAGUGAAAUAUCUAAAUACAUUUUCCAGGAGGUAUCCUUUUCGAAAGCCUUAGUUAUCCCAGAUUCUCCCGCUAGUAUCGAGGUUUUACUCAGUUUUAAACCCUCUCAGUCAUCAUCAGAAAGGCUAGAUAUUACAUGGGAAGAAUUCAGAGUCACAUCCGUUACUGCCAACGGGAAAUGGAACGAACACUGUCGUGGGUUAAUCCGCGCUGACUACCGCUCGAACCUACUGAGGGAUGUUGUUGGAGGAGCUGUGGGCCUAGAUUUUAAACCGUCACUUGCAAGGGAACGAUUGCAGGCCAUGAGCCAAGACUGCUCGGAGAGUGUUACUACUGAAGCUAUCUAUGAUGAGAUGCGUCGCAACGGGAUCGACUACGGUGAUGCAUUUGCUAUCAUUCAAGACCUCCAGCUCGGAGACCACCAGGCGUUUGGCAAGGUCAAAGUUCCCGAGAUUGGAGCUUUGACACCGUCCCAGUACAUGCAGCCACACAUUAUACACCCAGCUGUUUUUGAUGCUUUUAUGCACAUUGCGCUACCCCUUUACCACCGACAUUGCAGCCAAGGUCCUGUUAUGCUGGUGUCUAUUGCAGAGGUCUCAAUAUCGGCGGACAUUUUAAACAAACCCGGGGAUGAUCUACUCGUAGCAUGUCGGUUGACUGAAGCGGGACGGAGGCAAGGGUCUGUCGAGGUAUCAAUCUUGCAAGAAGACUUACAGGGAAACCUGAAAGAAGUUGGGCAUCUCUUGCAGGAAAACUUUUGCGCUAUCGGAGAAGGCGAAUCCGCGGAGAAUGCGCCAUCAUCUAGGUCAUCAUCGGCCGGAUUCCCUCCACCCUGCUACCACUUAGAAUGGGUUCCAGCAUCUUGGGUCCCGAAAGUACAUCAAAAGGACCAUGUAAUGACCAUGAAAAGAGUCAGUGUAUUCUGUUUCUCCGAUAACGCAAUUGCGGAGUCCUUGGCGAAGAGAGUUUCGUCUCGCCUUGGGGUCAGAUGGGACGGUCGCAGUUGUGCUGUUGUCCCACAAACUCCAGACUCAAUGGAUCCAGAAAAUAUUCAUAUUAUAUUCAUUGAUGAGAAUAGUUCAAUGUCAACACUAAAGGAGUUAUUUGUGGCUCUCUCCAACCUCAAGUCAGUUCUGUGGGUUAAUAUUGCAACCCCCAAGAGUCCUAGUGUUGGAAGAUACGUAUAUGCCCUCGCACGAAGUGUACAACAAGAAGUGGAAGGCUAUAAUGGUGUUGUGCUAGACUAUCAUCUAGACGCAUCCUUAGAAGAGGAGCUUCAAUUAUCUGACGUAGUGUUGCAAGUUCUGCUCAGAUGUUUUGUGGACGCUAUUGAUCCGGAGAAUCCCAUUGAUCGUGAAUAUGUCUAUUGGAAGGGCGAUCUGCUUGUUUCCCGACUAGUACUACACAAUUCAUCCAACGAGUGGCUAGAUGCUAAAGUCAAUGGCAAAAAUGUCGAGAAGAUCGCUGCUUUUCAUGCGGAUGACAACGGGAUCAAGUUAGACUUCAAGACGCCGGGAUUGCUUGAUAGUGGAUUGUUUGUCCCAAUAGAAAAUAGCGCAUCAGACUUGGACGCCGAUGAAGUUCUAGUGAGAAUAUACGCGCACGCGGUAAACCAAACGGAUGUUCUGAUUGCAUUGGGACGUGGUCAAUCUUCGGAUUUGAUGGUAGGCGAGUUUUCCGGCGAGAUUCUAGCAGUUGGAUCCCUCUCAUGGGAUAUUUACAAGCCUGGAGACAGAGUCUGUGGAUGGGGAGCCCUACCUUAUGCUAAUAUUGCGCGAGUCCAAUGUCAUCGCGUACAUCGCGUCGGUGGGUCUAUCUCAUUUGUGGAAGCUGCAUCAAUCCCCCUGGCAUUUCAGACAGCUGCUCAUGCCUUAAUGAACAUUGCACAACUUGGACCAUCCCAGAAAAUUCUCAUUCACGGCGCUGCAGGUGCGAUUGGCCAAGCUGCUGUUUCUAUCGCUCAGUAUUUAGGGGCAGAAGUCUACGCCACGGUAGGUUCUAGCGAGAAACAGCAGCUUUUAAUGGAGGAUAAGAAUAUUCCAGGAGCAAGAAUCUUCUCAAGUAUGUCAAACACGUUUUCAGACGCUAUUCUGAGCCAGACAGCCGGAAGAGGAGUGGACGUAGUUCUCAACUGUUCGUCUGGAGACUUGAAUAUGGAGAGCAUCUCGUGCAUCGCCGAUUUUGGAUACUUGAUCGAUAUUACGAAAUCACGGAAACCAUUGAUAUUCAAUAGCCGCGCAAGAAAGAACAUUACUGUUUCAUCUGUUGAUAUGGAGCUGUUAGCAAAGCGACGGCCCACCCAAGUCCAGCAGAUGUUCGCAAAAGUGAUGGCGUUAUAUGAGGGGGGAAGGUUGACGCCAAUCACACCUAUAACAACGAAGUCAAUCACGGAUUUUGCCAACGCAUUUAGACACGUUCAAGGCCAGCACCAUUAUGGAAAAACUGUACUCAAGUGUGAUAAAGAGGUCUCCGUCAAGCAAAUGGCCCGUAAAUCGAGUCCUUUGCGUCUGUCGGCAGAUGGGGUUUAUAUUGUCCUGGGAGGAGAUGAGACUCUUAAUCAUUCUCUCUGCAUGUUCCUUAAAGACCAUGGAGCCAUAAGUAUUGUGAGUGUUAUGUUCUUUGGGAAUGCUAUACAAGCAGACUCCAAUGACUGGUCUGCAUUCGAGAGAAUUCGAUUGGAUAUAGGCAAUGAGACUGGGGUGCCGAUCGUCUUGUCUUCCAGACUGGGAUUGGAUAGGGUGUCCGUGAUGGGGGUUUUGUUUGUUGAAGAAAUUUUCAAGGCAAGUAAAAGUUUCAUACCUAUAAUUCUCGAGUACUGUAUAAGACGGGACGCACGACAGGACAGCUCCAGUGAUUUGUUCGUCGGCUUGAAAAAAAUCACUCGUCACGUCAAGAAUCCCGUUUUCAGCGCUCUCAACGACAAAAAUGCCGAUGGCGAGUCUCGAGACACAAAAUUGAGUCCGACCAGUAUUAGUCAGCGGCUCGCAGACAUAGAGACCCUGGAUGAUUUGCACACGAUGGUGAUGGCGGCUCUGGUCGAACAACUGGCUUCACUCCUGGCCUUGGACCCCGAUGACAUCCAAGUGAGAGGAGCCGCGAUAGACAUUGGAUUAGAUUCCAUCCUAGCGAUCGAAUUUAAAAAGUGGGUGGUGAGAACGAUACAAGCACCGAUUCAGACGUCGGAAAUCUUGGACGCACCGACUCUUACACAGCUGACCCAGCUCAUUGUGCAAAGGUCAAAGCUAUGCCAGAGUUUAUUACUGCCGAGAUCGAGGAGUGAGGAUUUUGGUCGUCAUUAUGAGGCUACGGCUACUCCUAGUCCUAACGGACACCCCUUAUUAAUUCCCGUCAGUUGUUCCACUGACACUAACGAGAAUGAAAAGGGGUUGACUACUGAUUUACUCCCUGCACUCCCUAUUCCCGAUCUCAAAGUCAUUAUUGAAAGACAUCUUUCAUAUAUGCGCGCAUUUGCGACGGACGAGGAAUUUAGAAACACCUUGGAAAUAGCCGCAGAGUUUCAGGCCACAGGCAGUAUUGGAAAAAGACUUUAUGACCGCCUGCAGGCGAUCAAACGAGCAGACCCGGAUAAUUGGUAUCACGAUCUAUACUUGAGAAAUCAGUAUCUCGCACGCAAAGGUGGGUUGGCACCGUAUAUGAGCUUUUUCUUCACGCAUCCAACAGCUCCAAUGCCGGGUUCGCAGGCCGCGCGUGCAGCUAUCGUCGUAUCAGCUGUGAUUGAGCACAAGUAUCAGUUAGACAGGAAACAAGUCAAGACUCGAUAUAUGAAUGAACAGCCGCUAUGUAUGGAUCUCUCCAGGUACUUAUUCAAUGCUUGCCGUGAACCCAAAGCUGGCUUAGACGUCAUGCAUCAAUAUUCCAGGAACGACUACUUUAUAGUUCUGAGGCGUGGGCAUGUAUUCAAAAUUGACUUCCAGGAACUUGAUAAUUUUACGCAACGAGAGCGGUUAGAGUCUAUUUUUGAGACUAUUCUUGAUGCUAGCCUCGGAAAUGUGGACUGGUUGGGACUGCUUACUGCAGAUGACCGUAGAUCAUGGGCAAAGAACCGCGAGGCAUUUGUGAAUUUCAGUGAGGCAAAUGCGGCCUAUAUUCGAACUAUCGAGGAAUCCGCAUUUCUGGUUUGCCUGGACGAUGGCAGCCCAGAAACGGCAGAAGAGCGAGGCCGCCAUUUCCAUUUCGGAGACGGAUCCAAUCGAUGGAAUGACAAACCAAUUGAAUAUGUAAUCACUGCCAAUGGGGUUUCAGGCAUUGUAGGUGACCAUACCGGACUGGAUGCGGGAACAAUCCUCGACCUGAAUCAGAAGAUUUCGGAACAAAUCCGCUGUUACCAGUCACCGGAACCAUCUCAGAGAAGCUUUGCUAGGAUCCCUGUGAUUCUGAAAAAGAUUACAUACACCGAAGUCCCAUCGAAUAUCGCAGCCAACAUCGAAAAGGUGCGGUCCGAUUAUCAGAAGGCCAUCGCUCUGCGAGAACAUCGAUAUCCGCCUUCCCUUCCUUAUGGAGCUUUAUUUAUGAAGACACACAAGAUCCCAGCGAAUAGCGGGGCUCAGCUUCUCAUCCAGCUCGCUGCUCGAUACUACUUCGGGUAUAUCAAUCCAUGUUGGGAGACAGUCCUGCAAUCCAAUUUUCAGAAGGGCCGCGUGGAGCUCAACCAGGUGGUGACGACGCAAGUAGCUGCGUUCAUAAAUGCGGCCGCCGAUGAUUCCAUCACCUUGUCCACUUGCAAGAGAUUAUUCAUUGAGGCUGCGCGCACUCACUCGAGUGCCGUUUUGAGUUGCACAAGGGGUAAUGGUUCAGACAGGCUUUUGUCAAUACUUAAAGAAAUCCUUGAAGAAGGCGAGGAGGUCCCUAGACUUUUUCAAGAUCCAGUGUAUCAGCGGUCUCGGCCAAGAAAGUUUUGUAGUAAUUGCUUUACGUCUGGCAUGGCAGAGGAUGGGUGUUGCCUGCGUGAUGAGACUGGGAUUUGGGUACAUCAUGAGGUCCAACCUGAACAAGUCAAAUUUUCGAUUGUUGGACCUACCGGAAAGACCUCUGAGUUCUACAAGAGCUUGGUUAAGGCUGGAGAAAGGGUGAAAGAAAUACUAAAUGCAUAG